ACCUGCUCACGUGACUCUUCAGCCUCUUGGAACGAACAGAAGGUCCGGUUCUCCUCGUUUCUCUCCGUUAAUCGAUCCUCUGAAAGCUCUCCGGUGAUGGCUGGACGCGGAAAACUGAUCGCCGUGAUCGGUGACGAGGACACGUGCACCGGAUUUCUGCUCGGUGGGAUCGGUGAGCUCAACAAGAACCGGAAACCCAAUUUCCUGGUGGUGGAGAAGGACACGAGCAUCACGGAGAUCGAGGAGACCUUCAAGAGCUUCUUGGCUCGUAACGACAUCGGCAUCAUCCUCAUCAACCAGUUCAUCGCCGAGAUGAUCCGUCACGCCAUCGACGGCCACAUGCAGUCCAUCCCGGCGGUGCUGGAGAUCCCGUCCAAGGAGCAUCCGUACGACGCCUCCAAGGACUCCAUCCUGCGCCGCGCCAAGGGAAUGUUCUCCGCCGAGGACUUCCGAUAGACGCCGAUCUCUCCCGAUCGAUCCUGAACCUCUCGUAUCGAUAUAUAUAUAUAUAUAUCUAUCCAUCUAUCUAGAUAUCUAUAUAUAGAUAUCUAUAUCUAUGUGAACUCCUCGACGGGUCUUCAUGAUGAAUAUAAUUUAAACAUAAUUCAAGUUUUUCUUUUCUCUCUGUGCUGAACAUAUGUGAAUGUUUAACGUGUUUUGUUUCCAGACGUUGUAACUUAUUAAAGAUUAGAAUUGAUGUUAAAAAUAAAGGAUGUUGUUGUUUGUGA